AGCUGGAGGCACGAGGAACAAGUCCUCUAGUCCAGUUUAUCAAAUGGCAAAUCAAGAUGCAAAAGGAGCUGGAAUUACUCUGACUAUUGAAAAAGUGUCACUCUUCCCUCUACAGCCUGACAAUAGAAGGCAACAGAAAGAGAGUGAGCCUCCAUCCACAUCCAAGUCGUCCCAGACCGUGUCAACAUGGCAUGGUUUUGGGCAGAAGGUGCGUCUCCUGGCCCCUUACCUGUGGCCCCGGGGCAGCCUGCCUCUUCAGGUAAUGGUCCUGCUCUGUCUGGCCCUACUGGCCAUGGAAAGGGUCAUCAACGUCUUCGUCCCGAUCUACUCCAAAAACAUAGUGAAUAAUCUGUCUGAUGGCAGCAGCUGGAGGACCCUGGCCACCACCGUGUGUAUUUAUGUCCUGCUCAAAUUCCUCCAGGGUGGAGGGGCAGGUACAUCAGGGUUUAUCAGUAACCUGAGGUCCUUCCUGUGGACGCGGGUCCAGCAGUACACCAGUAGGGUGGUUCAGGUCCGUCUGUUUGGUCACCUCCACUCCCUGUCGUUGCGCUGGCACCUGGGGAGACACACUGGGGACGUUCUGAGUAGUGUAGACCGAGGAACAUCUUCUAUCAACAACCUGCUCAGCUACAUCAUCUUCAGUAUCCUGCCCACCAUCGCUGAUAUACUCAUCGCCAUCCUCUACUUUGUAUCCUACUUCAGUGCCUUGUUCGGCCUCAUCGUCUUCAUCUGCUUGCUGAUCUACCUCACUUUCACCAUCCUGAUCACUGAGUGGAGGACCAAGUACAGACGAGACAUGAACACUCAGGACAACAACGCCAAGUCUAAGGCUGUGGACUCGCUGCUCAACUUUGAGACGGUGAAAUAUUACAAUGCUGAGGGGUAUGAAGUGACCUGCUUCGAGGAGGCAAUUCUGAAGUACCAGCAGUCAGAGUGGAAGACCAACGCCUCGUUGGCCCUACUGAACCAGACCCAGAACCUGAUCAUUGGCUCAGGGCUAUUAGCAGGUUCUCUGCUCUGUGCUUACAUGGUCACAGAAGGCCAGUUCCAGGUUGGUGACUAUGUCCUGUUUGGCACCUACAUCAUCCAGCUGUACACUCCUCUCAACUGGUUUGGCACAUAUUACAGACUAAUCCAGAGUUCCUUUAUUGACAUGGAGAACAUGUUCAAGAUCUUAACAGAACACAAAGAGGUGAAAGACGAUGUCAGCGCCACAGACCUCCAGUUAACAACGGGCGAGGUGAAGUUUCAGAACGUGUGCUUCAGCUACACUGAGGGGAAUGUGAUUCUCAGGGGUAUAUCGUUCACUGUGAUGGCCGGCCAGACUGUUGCUCUGGUGGGCCAGUCUGGUUCAGGUAAAAGCACUAUCCUCCGUCUGCUGUUUCGCUUCUAUGACGUCCAGGGAGGAUGCAUCCGUAUUGAUGAACAGGAUAUAUCCAGGGUGACCCAGACCUCUCUCCGCUCCUACAUCGGUGUGGUUCCUCAGGACACAGUGCUCUUCAAUGACAGCAUAAGAAACAACAUCCGGUACGGACGCAUUCCCGCUAGCGACCAGGAGGUGGAGGAGGCUGCCCUCGCUGCGGACAUACACUACAAGAUCCUGUCACUGCCCGAGGGGUAUGAGACCCAGGUGGGAGAGAGGGGUCUGAAGCUGAGUGGAGGAGAGAAACAGAGAGUAGCCAUCGCCCGUACAAUCCUGAAGGACCCCCGUAUUAUACUGCUAGAUGAGGCCACGUCAGCCCUGGACACACAGACAGAACGCAACAUCCAGGCUUCACUCUCCAAAGUCUGUGCCAACAGGACCACUAUAGUAGUAACACACAGAUUGUCGACCAUCGUUGGCUCAGACCAGAUCCUGGUAGUCCAUGAUGGCCAGAUUGCAGAGAGAGGGAGGCAUGAGGAGUUGCUGUCCCAGGGAGGUUUGUACUCUGCUAUGUGGCUGAAACAGCAGCACAGCACAGCCAAGACAGAGACAUACAACUCUAACCCAGAGGGUCAGCAGGCCACUACUCCCCACCACGGUCCCUGAGCCAGUAUCCCAGCACAGAGCUAACCUACAGCUAACCAGGGAACAGAGGAGCAGAUUGAGCCAGGAUAGAGCUCAACCAUCUGAAGGAAAAGAUUAAACUCAUAUUGUGUCAUUUUGGGCAGGUACCGCGAGGUUCUGAGACAAGUUUCAAACUAAGGUACAUCUUGCAUCCAAGAUACAUUACUGCUGCUCCAAGAAAAGCUAGUUACACUAGAUGGUAACUUUACAAAGCUGGUUACACUAGAUGGUAACUUUAGAAAGCUAGUUACACUAGACGGUAACUUUACAAAGCUAGUUACACUAGAUGGUAACUUUACAAAGCUGGUUACACUAGAUGGUAACUUUACAAAGCUGGUUACACUAGAUGGUAACUUUAGAAAGCUAGUUACACUAGACGGUAACUUUACAAAGCUAGUUACACUAGAUGGUAACUUUACAAAGCUAGUUACACUAGAUGGUAACUUUACAAAGCUAGUUACACUAGAUGGUAACUUUACAAAGCUAGUUACACUAGAUGGUAACUUUACAAAGCUAGUUACACUAGAUGGUAACUUUACAAAGCUAGUUACACUAGAUGGUAACUUUACAAAGCUAGUUACACUAGAUGUUAACUUUACAAAGCGAGUUACACUAGAUGGUAACUUUACAAAGCUAGUUACACUAGAUGGUAACUUUACAAAGCUAGUUACACUAGAUGGUAACUUUACAAAGCUGGUUACACUAGAUUGUAACUUUACAAAGCUGGUUACACUAGAUGGUAACUUUACAAAGCGAGUUACACUAGAUGGUAACUUUACAAAGCUAGUUACACUAGAUGGUAAAUUUACAAAGCUAGUUACACUAGAUGGUAACUUUACAAAGCUAGUUACACUAGAUGGUAACUUUACAAAGCGAGUUACACUAGAUGGUAACUUUACAAAGCGAGUCACACUAUAUUUAAUGAUAACACGUAGGGGGGUACGUGGGAAGCAGAUUCCCAACUCUGGAUAAGCUGUGUCAAAUAGCCUCAGACCAAAGAUGAUGAAUUGUGUAUUAGAGGAAACACUCCAACUUUAACUGUGAAUUCUACUGCUGUUUAAUUAAACUGAUUGUGACGGACAUUUAUUAAAGUCUUGAUCAGUUGCACAUCACCCAUAAGUACAUUGCAAUAAAUACAA